CCCAGCUCAUUUUUCUCCCCCUCGUUUGCAUUGCUUCAUUUGUUCAUCACCCGUUCGUCGCAUGUUCACCAUUUAUGCGUAGUAAUAUAUAUAUAUGUAUAUAUAUUUUUUUUUUUUUUUUUUUUCAUUAUAAGAAACCCCCAAAGGGGAAAUGCGCUUCGUAACAAAACAAUACCGCUCAGCAUGAGCGUAUGAUGGCAUGCAUUUCGCCUUUUUCGUGGGAAGUUUGAAACAUAUUAGAAGAAAAAACUCAGUUCAGAUUAUCAUCCCCCAUUCAGCUUUACAUGGUGACAAUGCGGGGGCGAUGAAAACGCUACUGUGAUUUUGCAGUGCCAGAGCAAGCGAUAACGCAAACGCGAAGGCCAGCGCAAGCGCCGAUGCGAAAGUCAACGCAAGAGCCCAUGCGGAAGUCGACGCAAGAGCCCAUGCGAAAGCCAACUCCCAGUGCCGAUACGAACGUCCACACCAGUGCCGAUGCGAACGUCUACACCAGCGUCAGUGCAAAUGCCAACGCGAACCCCUGUGUCAUCUUCUGCCAACUGUUGCAAAUGAAACAGUCCCACAACCCCUACGUUCGUGCCGAACUCUCUUGAAGUUUUUUCUGUUCCCAUUCCAUUUUCAAACCAGUUGAGUAUCAGAACGAUAGGAAAAGGCAGCAUUCCACACACAGUGUAAACAGCGAAAGUGUGGAAAGAAGGGCACGAAGAGAAAAAAAAAAAAAAAGAAAGAAAGGCCAAACGCGGGCGUAUAAAACAGACACGCAAAAAUAAAUAAAAUAAAGUAAAAUCAAAUCAGAUCAAAUAAAAAGGGGAAAUAUAACAAACAGGACAGCCAACCAUGAAUUUAUUCAAGCAGAAGGAAAAGGCGCCAAGUUCUAUAUCUCAUAUUUUAAUAAAUAAGCAAAAGUCAAAGUUCCCCGAGCCGCUGAUCUCGAUAAGGCAACUGGAAGAGAAGGACAUAAACGAAGUGAGGCAGCUGCUGCACGACCACUUCAACUCGCUGACGCUGCCCGCAGUCAUAUACUGGUCCAUACAGCACAUUUACGACUUGCUAGUCAUCGUGGUGAUAAAUUACAUCUUCUUUUUGGAUUUAAAGAAAAUAUUUUAUUUCUUGAUUAUAUUUUUAAUAUAUUUGUACAUAAGGGCAAAGCUGGAAUUUUUAAACCAUAUAAGAAAUGACUGCCCAGAUUUGGAGAAUUUAUAUAAAAGCUACAUAAACGUGGAGGGGUGCAAUUUCUGGGUGGCCGAGGUGUUUGACAAUAAUUUUGGCUCGGCCAGCAGAACGACAUGUAGUGAUAUACACGAAAGGGAAAAGAUUCUACUGGAGCAGGAGGAACAAGAAAGGCUCUUAGGCAAUGAGAAGGGGGAACAAGAAGUCAAAAACUCCGAUGAGGAAAAUAAUAGCAAGUACUUCAAAGAUGCGUCAUCGAAAGGUGGAGCGUUCGAAAGUGGGGAAGAAUCGAAUGAGCAAAAAAUGUUACAGAAAAAUGGCUUUAACAAAGGUGAAGACAGCGGUGUAAGUCCCAACCUUUAUGAAGCGGAAAAGAAUGGGUCCUCAAAUGGGGAUGCUAGUCAAGCCACAAAUUGUGAGCAAAGUGGAACCAAAAGGAAUGUUGUCAAUAUGAUGGACCUUGAGGAGUGCACAUCGCGUAAUUACAAUGAUAUUUACUACAAGGUGGGUAAUAAUUCGCCCAGCGGUGGGGGAGGCACAGGUCCCAAUGGGGAUGCUGACGGGUUGAAUGCCUCCCAAGGGGUGGGUGACUCCUUGAAUGACACUCGAGAUGCAGACAAUACUGAUGGUACGUCCGAGGUUGGAAGCGCGAACGGUACGGACGAAAAGGGGAAGGGAAAAAAAAGUAAAGUAAAACACAGUAAAAAUGGGAAGCAUAGUAAGAAUGACCCAAAUGGCAAAUGUGACGAUGAGGAGGACAAGCAGAAGGGAAACACCACCACCUGCGACACCAACCAUGACAGCAACGGGAGUAACACCCAAACGGUGGAUCACGCCACCGAUCUGCAGAACAACCCCCCCAGUGGAAGUGAAGAAAAAACAAAACUCCUCUGCAACAUAGGCGAUAUAGCGAAUAAGGAUCUCAUCGAAAGUAGGAGGACAGUGCCAUUUCCGUUAAACGAAAUUAGGAAAAAUAUAUUCCAAUCCAAAACAAACGAUGAUGAUGAUUCCACCUUUCGUUUUGUGAACAGAAAAAUAGUUGGCUGCGUAGGAAUUGUGCCAUUCAAGGGAGACAAUUCCAUAGCACAGCUAGUCAGGAUGGUCGUAAAAAAAGACAACAGGCGAAUGAGAAUCGGAAGCAGGUUGCUAACCCAGUUGGAGAAUUUUGCACAUGAACAGAAUUACCAAGAGUUGAAAGUUUUUACAAACAAUUUGAAUACAGACAGUUUAUAUUUUGUUAAACAGAAUGGCUUUAAUUUAUCUCAAAUUGUGCGGAGGGGCCUCAUGCGGGGCGACCUCCUCAUCUGGUCGAAAAUCCUAAACAGGGACGAUUUUUACAAGUUCAACUCGUCAGGUACGAACCAGUAUGUCAAGUCGAUGAAUUUGGGGGAGUACUGA